AUGAUCAUGAGUUCUUCGGCUGGGCCACCAAAGGCUGUGCUCUUCGACAUUGGCGGUGUUGUUGUCAUAAGCCCUUUCCAAGCAAUUCUCGACUACGAAAUUGCCUUGAAAAUACCAGUCGGCUACAUAAAUUACGCGAUUCAAGCCGGCCCCCACGACACAGGCGCCUGGCAACUCCUCGAGCGCGGCGAAGUCGAAUUAAAUGAGACUUGGUUCAGUUCAUUCAAGUCACAAUUAUCACGCCCGGAAAUCUGGACUGCUUACCUGGCCAAACUCGCUGGGCAAAAAAGUGUGGGCGGUGUGCAAGCCAUUGAUGGCGGAAAACCGCAGGUCCCAGACAUUGACGCAAAGAAGCUAUUCUGGUCCAUGAUGAAAAUCAGUCGUACGCCCGAUCCUUACAUGUACCCCGCUCUCCGCAAACUCCAAAGGAGUGGGAAAUUCGUUCUUGGCGCUUUCAGCAACAAUGUCACUUUCCCCCCAGGCAUUCGCGACGACACGGGCGCAAUCUUCACCAAGGAACUCAUUCUCCCGCCCCCGCCUAGUCCUUUCGCAUACGACUCUCCAGAUAUAACAAUGUGCUUUGACAUCUUCCUCGGAUCAGCUGCGGUGGGGGUCCGGAAGCCGGAUCCAGAGGCGUAUAAGCUUGCGGUACGGGAGAUGGAUAAGAUUGCGCAGAGGAAAGGAAUGGGGAGAGUUACCGAGGGCACGACGUUGUUUCUGGAUGAUAUUGGGAUCAAUUUGAAGUUUGCGAGACAGACGGGAUUGAGAACUAUCAAAGUAGAUCUAGGGAAGACGAAGGAAGCGGUCAAGCAGCUCGAGGUGCAGACGGGUAUGAAGCUUUUGGAUGAAGAAGACAAGGCGAGAUUGUGA